CUUUGAUUUAGAUCCAUCUCGGUCGACUCCUAUUCCGCUAACAAGGCCUGGCUAGCGCGGUCUGGCCUGGGGCACUCGGGUCGAGCAUGCUCGGGUUAAUCGGGUAUGCGUCCGUCCAAUGAAACGACGCCACGUAACUACUGUGUCACUUGCCUACGAAGAGCCAAAACCCGUGACUGUCCUCGACUCCCCUGUGCUUCCCUGCUCGGUCUUGCGGAGCUCGUCAAUUGCUGUCGGCUCAGACAUUAGAACCCUAGCUGGGUUUUUCUUCCCCAUUAAUUAUUUAUGAUCAAUUAAGGAGAAAUCAUUAAGAACUUCUCGAGGAUUUAUGUAGAAGAUAUUGAUUGAUCAUUUGAACAAGUUCUCAAUUUUGUUUUUCUCUGAACUUGUAGUGCUUUUUGAUAAAGAUAAAGAGGAGAUCCUAUGAAAUCCCAGGCACCUAGACUGUUUUUGUUUUGUUUUCUUCUGUUCGCUUUCUUGAAUUUCAAUCAUGGAAUUGGUGAGGAGACGAAGAACAAGUUUCGGGAACGAGAGGCUAGCGACGAUGCCCUUGGGUAUCCAGACAUAGACGAGGAUGCGUUGUUAAACACACAGUGCCCUCGAAAUCUGGAGCUCAGAUGGCAGACAGAAGUGAGCUCCAGCAUAUAUGCUACCCCCCUGGUUGCGGACAUUAACAGUGACGGAAAACUUGAAAUAGUAGUUCCUUCUUUCGUUCAUUACCUGGAAGUGCUAGAAGGCUCCGAUGGAGAUAAAAUGCCAGGGUGGCCUGCUUUUCACCAGUCAACUGUUCAUUCCACCCCUCUCCUGUUUGAUAUUGACAAGGAUGGUGUGAGAGAAAUUGCCUUGGCUACUUACAAUGGUGAAGUGCUCUUCUUCAGGGUUUCAGGCUACAUGAUGUCUGAUAAAUUAGAAGUACCUCGGAGGAGAGUUCGUAAAGAUUGGUAUGUUGGUUUGCAUUCAGAUCCAGUGGACCGUUCUCAUCCAGAUGUUCAUGAUGACAUACUAAUCCAGGAGGCUGCUGACAUGAUAUCAAUGUCACAAACAAAUGGGAGCAUUUCUGCAUCAAACAGCUUGGUCUCUGGAACAAACACGUCAUCAAACACUUCAAUAUCUGCACCAACUGAAACAAAUGGGAGCAUUUCUGCAUCAGUCGCGUCAGUCCCUGGAUCAAACACUUCAAUCUUUGCAUCAAUUGGUGACCCUGGCAUGGAGAACAUGUCCAGUACAAGGAAUGAAGGGAAAAUGAAUGAUAGUCUAGUAGAAAACAGCAUUAAGCUAAAGGGCAUGGAUAAUUCUUCUUUGGAUGCUGGUACAGCGAACAAAAGCGGUGUAGAGAAUGGAACGAGCACCAGUAGAAAGCUUCUUGAAGAUAAUAAGUCCAAUACAUCGCAGGAGGGUGGUUCUGACUCUGAAGGUAAAAGUGACAAAGAUGUUCAUGUUGCGACUGUGGAAAAUGAUGGAGAUUUGGAAGCAGAUGCCGAAUCAUCUUUUGAUUUACUCCGUGACAAUGAUGAGCUAGCUGAUGAGUAUAAUUAUGAUUAUGAUGAUUAUGUUGAUGAAUCCAUGUGGGGUGAUGAGGAAUGGACUGAAGGGCAACAUGAAAAAGAGGAAGAUUUUGUUAAUAUUGACUCACACAUCCUGAGCACUCCUGUCAUAGCAGAUAUUGAUAAUGAUGGGGUUUCAGAAAUGGUUGUUGCUGUGUCCUACUUCUUUGAUCAUGAGUACUAUGACAACCCAGAGCAUUCAAAGGAACUGGGUGAUAUUGAUGUGGGAAAAUAUGUAGCUGGUUCCAUUGUUGUUUUCAAUCUUGAUACCAGACAAGUUAAGUGGACUACACCCUUGGAUUUAAGUACAGAUAAAGGAAAUUUCCAUGCCUAUGUAUAUUCUUCUCCAACUGUUGUUGAUUUGGACGGCGAUGGGAAUCUAGACAUUCUUGUUGGAACUUCCUUUGGGUUGUUUUAUGUUCUGGAUCAUCAUGGCAAGGUGAGAGACAAGUUUCCUCUUGAAAUGGCUGAAAUUCAUGGAGCUGUCGUUGCUGCUGAUAUCAACGAUGAUGGAAAAAUUGAACUGAUUACUACUGAUACACAUGGAAAUGUUGCUGCAUGGACGCCACAAGGGAAAGAAAUUUGGGAAACCCAUCUUAAGAGUCUUGUUCCACAGGGUCCUAGUAUUGGUGAUGUGGAUGGAGAUGGCCACACUGAUGUUGUAGUUGCAACAUUAUCAGGGAACAUAUAUGUUUUAAGUGGCAAGGAUGGGUCUAUUGUUCGUCCCUAUCCAUAUAGAACUCAUGGACGAGUGAUGAAUCAAGUUCUUCUUGUUGAUUUAAGUAAACGUGGUGAAAAAAGGAAUGGUCUCACUAUUGUCACAACAUCCUUUGAUGGUUAUCUGUAUCUUAUUGAGGGGCCAACAUCAUGUGCUGAUGUUGUUGAUAUUGGCGAAACUUCAUACAGCAUGGUUUUGGCAGACAAUGUUGACGGUGGGGAUGAUCUUGAUCUUAUUGUAACUACCAUGAAUGGCAAUGUAUUUUGCUUCUCAACCCCUGCUCCACAUCAUCCCCUCAAGGCAUGGAAAGCACCUAAUCAAGGCAGAAACAAUGCUGCAAACAGGCACAAUCGCCAAGGGGUCUACAUUUCACAUUCAUCAAGAGCUUUCCGUGAUGAAGAAGGCAAGAGUUUCUGGGUUGAGAUUGAGAUUGUAGAUAGAUACAGGUUUCCUUCUGGGUCUCAAGCACCAUAUAAUGUCACGACAACUUUGCUGGUUCCUGGCAAUUACCAAGGGGAGAGAAGUAUAAAACAGAAUCAGAUUUUUAAUCAUCCUGGAAAGUAUCGAAUAAAGCUUCCGACGGUGGCAGUACGGACUACGGGGACAGUAAUGGUGGAGAUGGUUGACAAGAAUGGACUUUAUUUUUCAGACGAAUUCUCCCUUACAUUUCACAUGCAUUACUACAAACUGCUGAAGUGGCUUCUUGUCUUGCCAAUGCUGGGGAUGUUCGGUGUGCUCGUCAUUCUUCGUCCACAAGAGGCCAUGCCUUUGCCAUCUUUUUCACGGAACACUGACUUGUGAUGAUCAAGCUAUAUGUAACUCACCUCACCCCAUGCCGCGCAUGCUUAAAAAGUUUGAAAAAUGUGAGCAGUGUUACUCCUUGGCCCCAAAGCCAGAAGUUUCAUGUUUUGAUUGAGUUCCUUUGGGAGAAAAAGCCAUUGGUGGCUGAAUUGAUGCUUCAUCUGUUACAUGGAGCUGUACUCAAGUUUGGAACUGAGCUGAAAUUGAUUUUGGAAUAGAACGACUUGAAAUUUUUUAGUGCCCAAAAUAAUCCCCUCCUUUGUCGAAACCCAAUUUUUGGUCCAUUUAGAUUUAUAUGAUAGUUGUAUUUUUGAAAUAAAUGAAUUAAAAGUAAGGCUCCUUUUUAAAA